AUGUCGAAUGAUGGGAACAAGUUUUGGAAGCGAAACGCGGCGAAGGUUCCUGGCAGUAUUCAACAUGUGUACGGGGCACAGCAUCCACCGUUUGACCCCCUUCUCCAUGCAAAUCUAAUUAAAGCUGGCAACAAGCCUCCCCCAGCCACGCCUGGAAAACCUAAAAAAGCCACCAGUUUCCAGGAGUUUGAGAGCACCACAAGUGAUGCCUGGGAUGUGGAUGAUGAUGAUGUGGAUGUAGACGACUUGUUGGCAAUGGGUGCUCAAAAUCUCAACAUUGAAGUUGUGAAGGAAACCGCAAAUAAGGUUAUAGAAAAUCACAGCAGGCAGCAGGAGCAGCAGAGACUAGACGACUCAUUGGAGGUGGAGCAGAGGGAGGAAGAGCCAACAGAGGAGGAGCCUGAGGACCAGGACCUCGAUGUGGAGAGGGAGGAGGGGGAGCAACCCCAUGAGGGAGAGCUACCAAGCCCAGAAGUGUCGUUUACCUACAGCCCCUACAGCGAUGUUCGCCUUGUGAAGUCCCAUAGCGAGGCUCCAAUUGGGUCACCAAAAGAUGCUGAGAAUGAACGAGCUGCCCUCCACAGACAGCGGUCCCUACCCCAUCGGCCUCCUGUCAUCCCGUUAAUGGCUCGAAUGGCUAAUCCGAACACAUCUGGGACUCCCGUCAUGACUGAAAGAGAGGCCUCCAGACUGGACAAGUUUCGGCAGUUACUUGCAGGGCCCAACACAGAUCUUGAUGAGCUACGAAAACUCAGCUGGUCUGGUAUUCCAAGACAAGUUCGACCAAUAACAUGGAAACUACUAUCGGGAUAUCUGCCUGCUAAUGCAGAGAGAAGAGAGAGUGUACUACAACGGAAACGGCAAGAAUAUUUUGGCUUCAUUCAGCAAUACUACGACUCCCGCAAUGAUGAGCCCCACCAGGACACAUACAGACAGAUCCACAUUGACAUUCCUAGGAUGAGCCCAGAACAUUUGGUGCUGCAACCAAAGGUGACGGAGAUUCACAUUGACAUACCGAGAACUAAUCCUCUAAUUCCUCUCUUUCAACAAGCUUCUGUUCAAGAGAUUUUUGAGAGGAUAUUAUUCAUCUGGGCUAUUCGACAUCCUGCCAGUGGAUAUGUUCAGGGCAUCAACGACCUAGUUACUCCAUUCUUCGUAGUCUUCGUGUUUGAAUAUAUUGAGGAGGAGGUAGAAAAUUUUGAUGUGUCCAGUCUAGAGGAAGAUGCUCUGAAGAACAUUGAGGCUGACAGCUUCUGGUGCAUGAGCAAACUUCUGGAUGGCAUUCAGGACAACUACACGUUUGCACAGCCUGGGAUCCAGAAGAAAGUGAAGGCACUGGAGGAGCUGGUCAGCAGAAUUGACGAUUCUGUGCACCGCCACAUGCACCAGUACGAGGUGGAGUACCUACAGUUUGCUUUCCGCUGGAUGAACAACCUCCUGAUGAGAGAGCUGCCCCUACGCUGCACUAUCAGACUAUGGGACACCUACCAGGCUGAACCAGAGGGAUUCUCUCACUUCCACUUGUACGUCUGUGCAGCCUUCCUGGUUCGUUGGCGGAAAGAGAUCCUAGACGAGAGAGAUUUUCAGGGACUCCUGAUGCUUCUGCAGAACCUUCCCACAAUGCACUGGGGCAACGAGGAGGUGAGCGUCCUUCUGGCUGAAGCCUACAGGUUGAAGUUUGCCUUUGCGGACGCCCCCAACCACUACAAGAGAUGA